CUCACUCCAGCGACUCCGCGUGUGCCCCACCGCCCUGCGCAGUGUGACCUGCCGGAGUUCCCGUGCCUCCUCCCGACAGACUCAUUCGCCGCCAUCUUGGAAAGCUGAACUCAGCUUCCCUGAAAGAUAACACCAUAUCAGUAUGACUUCACAGAAUUGUAUUGUUCAGAGAAGCUGAAUUCGGAGAUUUCGAAGUUGGUUACACCAGUUUUGCUUCAGAGAAACCUCAUUGACUUCAAUUUCAAACACCUGCAUUUUGAUUUACAGGUCAUUGAAGAGCCAUCCGCAGAGGCUGGAUUGAUCUGGAGCUCCAUGGUACACUGUGCCAGCAAUUCUUUGGUGGUGCCAUGAUUUUCUCAAUCCCUCAGUGCAGGCUGGCAAGGGAGUUACAAAAAUAUCCUGAUUCUGGUACUACAGGUCAAAUAAAAGUAUCAGAUGGAAUUCUUUGGAUCGGUUUGGGAAUAGGAGUGAUUUUAACAUUCACAGUGUUCAUAUUAAUGGUCUUGUUUAAAAGGAGGCACCCAAAACAAUCAAAGGAAGAACUGAAAAACACAGAGUCUGCAGUGGAGUUGAAUGUUAUACUCAAGGCAGAUAUUGAGACCAGUGUGAAUGCAGAUAUAAUUGGAGAUUCCCUCCAAAGUGAAGCAUCACUGAUGUAUUCAGUGGAGGAAUGCCCUUGCGGGGACUGUGGCUUGGUGAAACUCCAAACUGGCUUUGAUACUUCAUUCCCAUUACCAGCCACAGAGGAAGGAGCUACUGUUCUGGUUACCACAAAGACUUCUGAAUAUUGCAGCUAUGUUCCAGGUGCUAUGAUGACUCUGUGAUAGGGAGAUUGAAGCAUUUUUUACUACAUAAUAAUCAAUCAGCUCAUCCAGUAUAGGUAUACUUAUAAAUUUUAUUAUUUGCUGUCAGUAGAGAAGGAUAGUACAUGUGGUUUCUUUAUAGCUCUUGCAUUUAACUUUCAUUGAUAUUAUAUUAUUUCUAAUUUUAGUCUCUCUUGGGAGCUAUUUACUGGAAUUUAUAAGCUAUAAGAACCUCUAUGCGAGGAAAACUUUUCUGCACUAUCAUUAAAGACUAUAUUUACUAGUCAAAAGGUUGGAUGUGCAUAAAUGCCAUCAAUAAGCAAGCUCAAAUGUAUAUUUAAUGACUAAGUCACACAAAUAAAUCUUUUACCAAAAUGUUUUUGUACCAAAAUGUAGUACUAAGAGGUGCAAAGGGAGGGGAGGAAAGGAAAAAAAAAAAAGGUGUGUAGCAUCAUUUUGGUACCACUUUAGAGAUCCAGGUUCUGAGACUUUGGGGCCCAAUGAAAAUGGGAAUGCUUGCAAAGGAAGUGUUCCAAUAUUGGAUAUAUUUAUGGAAUAUGUAAUUAUACCCAGUUAAGAUACCUCACAGCUGCUAUACUGGAAGAACAGAUGGUUGCAAAGCCUCUAAUUGCCAAUCUGGUUUCUGAUAGUAGACGAGGGCUUUCUUAUAUGGAUCAAACAUUUUCA